AUGGACCAACUGGCCUGUUGGUCUUAUGGACCAGUUGGACCAACUGGCCUGUUGGUCCUAUGGACCGGUUGGACCAACUGGUCUGUUGGCCGAAUGGACCGGUUGGACCAACUGGCCUGUUGGUCCUAUGGACCGGUUGGACCAACUGGCCUGUUGGCCGAAAGGACCGGUUGGACCAACUGGCCUGUUGGCCAAAUGGACCGGUUGGACCAACGGGCCUGUUGGUCCUAUGGACCAGUUGGACCAACUGGCCUGUUGGUCCUAUGGACCGGUUGGACCAACUGGUCUGUUGGCCGAAUGGACCGGUUGGACCAACUGGCCUGUUGGUCCUAUGGACCGGUUGGACCAACUGGCCUGUUGGUCCUAUGGACCGUUUGGACCAACUGGCCUCUUGGUCCUAUGGACCGGUUGGACCAACAGGCUUGUUGGCAGAAUGGACAGGUUGGACCAACUGGCCUGUUGGCCAAAUGGACCGGUUGGACCAACUGGCCUAUUGGUCCUAUGGACCGGUUGGACCAACUGGCCUGUUGGUCCUAUGGACCGGUUGGACCAACUGGCAUGUUGGUCCUAUGGACCGGUUGGACCAACUGUCCUGUUGGUCCUAUCGACCGGUUGGACCAACUGGCAUGUUGUUCCAAUGGACCUGUUGGACCAACUGGCGUGUUGGUCCUAUGGACCGGUUGGACCCACUUGCCUAUUGGUCCUAUGGACCGGUUGGACCGACUGGCCUGUUGGUCCUAUGGACCAGUUGGACCAACUGGCCUGUUGGUCCUAUGGACCGGUUGGACCAACUGGCCUUUUGGUCUUAUGGACCGGUUGGACCAACUGGCCUGUUGGUCCUAUGGACCGGUUGGACCAACUGGCCUGUUGGUCCUAUGGACCGGUCCUAUGGACCGGUUGGACCAACAGGCUUGUUGGCAGAAUGGACAGGUUGGACCAACUGGCCUGUUGGCCAAAUGGACCGAUUGGACCAACUGGCCUAUUGGUCCUAUGGACCGGUUGGACCAACUGGCCUGUUGGUCCUAUGGACCGGUUGGACCAACUGGCAUGUUGGUCCUAUGGACCGGUUGGAACAACUGGCGUGUUGGUCCUAUGGACCGGUUGGACCAACUGGCAUGUUGUUCCAAUGGACCUGUUGGACCAACUGGCGUGUUGGUCCUAUGGACCGGUUGGACCCACUUGCCUAUUGGUCCUAUGGACCGGUUGGACCAACUGGCCUAUUGGUCCUAUGGACCAGUUGGACCAACUGGCCUGUUGGUCCUAUGGACCGGUUGGACCAACUGGCCUUUUGGUCUUAUGGACCGGUUGGAGCAACUGGCCUGUUGGUCCUAUGGACCAGUUGGAGCAACAGGCCUGUUGGCCGAAUGGACCGGUUGGACCAACUGGCUUGUUGGCCGAAUGGACCGGUUGGACCAACUGGCCUGUUGGUCCUAUGGACCGGUUGGACCAACUGGCCUGUUGGUCCUAUGGACCGGCUGGACCAACAGGCCUGUUGGCCGAAUGGACCGGCUGGACCAACAGGCCUGUUGGCCGAAUGGACCGGUUGGACCAACUGGCAUGUUGUUCCAAAUGGACCGGUUGGACAAACUGGCGUGUUGGUCCUAUGGACCGGUUGGACCAACUGGCCUGUUGGUCCUAUGGACCAGUUGGACCAACUGGCCUGUUGGUCCUAUGGACCGGUUGGACCAACUGGCCUUUUGGUCUUAUGGACCGGUUGGAGCAACUGGCCUGUUGGUCCUAUGGACCGGUUGGAGCAACAGGCCUGUUGGCCGAAUGGACCGGUUGGACCAACUGGCUUGUUGGCAGAAUGGACCGGUUGGACCAACUGGCAUGUUGGUCCUAUGGACCGGUUGGACCAACUGGCCUGUUGGUCCUAUGGACCGGCUGGACCAACAGGCCUGUUGGCCGAAUGGACCGGCUGGACCAACAGGCCUGUUGGCCGAAUGGACCGGUUGGACCAACUGGCAUGUUGUUCCAAAUGGACCGGUUGGACAAACUGGCGUGUUGGUCCUAUGGACCGGUUGGACCAACUGGCCUGUUAGUCCUAUGGACCGGUUGGACCAACUGGCCUGUUGGUCCUAUGGACCGGUUGGAGCAACUGGCAUGUUGUUUCAAUGGACCGGGUCCUAUGGACCGGUUGGACCAACUUGCCUGUUGGUCCUAUGGACCGGUUCGAGCAACUGGCCUGUUGGUCCUAUGGACCGGUUGGACCAACUGGCCUGUUGGUCUUAUGGACCGGUUGGACCAACUGGCCUGUUGGUCCUAUGGACCGGUUGGACCAACUGGCAUGUUGGCCAAAUGGACUGGUUGGACCAACUGGCGUAUUGGUCCUAUGGACCGGUUGGACGAACUGGCCUAUUGGUCCUAUGGACCAGUUGGACCAACUGGUAUGUUGGUCCUAUAGACCGGUUGGACAAACUGGCCUGUUGGUCCUAUGGACCGGUUCGACCAACUGGCCUGUUGGUCCUAUGGACCGGUUGGACCAACUGGCAUGUUGGUCCUAUGGACUGA